AUGAAGUCCUCGAACCCCUUCAGGCGUCUAGAACGCAUGGUCACAAAGCAGUCAUCUAAGGACUCAAAGUCCUUCAAGUCGGGCAGAUCUUCGCACGACGGAGCUGAGCAGACGAUGAACGCCCAACCUACUCAGAACAGCCAAAACACCCAAAGUCGGUCUCCAUUCGCGCGAACGACGCCGACUAGGCGACCCGCGAGCAACGCCGACGCACCUCCUGCCUACACGCCAGCAGCGAAGGGUACGGUCAUCCCCGGUUCAAUGGAGUCAACAUCCGAUUCGCCGUACGCAUUUCUUACCCAAUUCGACACAGUAUUCUUGAUCGACGACAGUGGCUCCAUGGCUGGCCGUAGCUGGCGUGAGACUGCUGCUGCGCUCUCUGCAAUUACACCCAUCUGUACCACCCACGAUGCCAACGGUAUCGACAUCUAUUUCCUCAACCACAAGAAUCCCCAGGCGAAGGAUAAUCUAGGCGGAUACACAAACCUUACUUCCACUGCUGCAGUAGACAGCAUCUUCAAGAACGUCCGACCGCUCGGCGGAACCCCUACCGGCACUCGUCUCAACCAGAUCAUGAAGCCAUACCUUCGAGAGCUCGAAAACUCACUCGAGAAGCAAGCACAUGGUCACGAGCCUACAGUCAAGCCAAUGAACAUCAUAGUUAUCACUGACGGUGUUCCGAGCGAUGAUGUUGAGUCGGUCAUUGUCUCCGCAGCUCGAAAACUCGACUCCUACAAUGCUGAUCUGUGGCAAAUGGGGAUCCAAUUCUUCCAGGUUGGUCGGGAGCCUGAGGCAGCAGCUGAUCUGCAGGAGUUGGACGAUGCCUUGUCGGGUGCACACAACGUGCGUGACAUAGUCGACACUGUGCCCUGGACUGGAGACGAUGGUCAGACACUUACAGCCGAUGGCUUGCUCAAGGUCUGCCUUGGUAGUGUCGUCAGACGGUGGGAUCGCAAGAAGGUCUAG